AUGCGACGCGCGUUGGUCGCCGCGGUGCGCUUCGCGCUUGCCAACGCGCCCGCCCCGUCGCGCGAUCCCGUCGCCGCGCUCCCGCGCUGGCAUCGGAUCCCGCCUCUCGCGAGUUCGGGCGGCACCGGAUCCUUUUCCAAUCUUCCGCGGGCCGAACGCGCGGGAUGGUCCGCGCGCCGCCACCUCGCGACGUCGACGUGCGCGUGGAGGGACGUCGCGAGGGAUACCCGCGGGGACGGCGGUGCGAGGCGCGGUAAGCCAGGCGGCGGGGGGGGCGGGGGCAGAGGGGGAUCCGGCGGUUUCGGAGGGGGUGGGGGUGGAGGUCGGGACUCGGAUGCCCCGUCGCGUACGCGCGCUCGGCCCUCCAAGAAGCCGUCGUCCUCCUUCGGCGGGAAGAAGAAAUCCGGCGCGCCGAUGGCGCUCCCCGAUCGUUUCGCCGCGCUCGCCACGAGGGAGGCGGAGCUCGAGGGUGCCGACCCGCCGAUCCCCGGGGAUACCCCCGGACGGCCCGACGGCGCGGGCGCCCAAUCCAAAUCCAAAUCCAAAUCCAAGCAGAGGCGGAAGGAAGCCGGCGGCCCGAUCGAGAUCCUCUCCGGCUCGACCAUCGCCGAGGUCGCCAGGGCGCUCAAGUCGUCCGCCGGUGCGGUCGAGAAAGCGCUCGCGGACCUCGGCGAGUCCGCGGCGAGCGCCGAGGAGGUUCUAUCGGACGAUCUCGUCGAACUUCUCGCGAUGGAGCUCGGGCUCGAGAUCGUCGUCAAACACGACCCGUCGACCGCGUCGGCGAAAGGUGGGGCCCAUCCGGCGACGGUCGAUCCCCCGAGACGCGCCGUCGUCGCCGUGAUGGGCCACGUCGACCACGGCAAGACCACGCUGCUGGACACCCUUCGUUCGUCCUCCGUCGCCGCGAGCGAGGCGGGCGGGAUCACGCAGCACAUCGGCGCGUUCGUCGUGAACCUCUCCAACGGAGGCGAGCUCGUCUUCCUCGACACCCCGGGGCACGCGGCCUUCUCGGCGAUGCGCCAGAGGGGCGCGAAGUGCACGGAUGUCGCCGUCCUCGUGUGCGCGGCGGACGACGGGGUGAUGCCGCAGACGCGCGAGGCGGCGGCGCACAUCCAGGCGGCCAACUGCAGGUACGUCGUGGCGAUAACCAAAUGCGACGCCCCCGGCGCGGAUCCGUCGCGAGUCCGCGACGAGCUCAUCGCCGCGGGAAUUCCUUUGGAGCAGAGCGGCGGGGACGUGCAGUGCGUGGACGUGAGCGCGGUGUCGGGUCAGGGCAUGGAGGACCUCGAGAUGGCGCUCUUCCUCGAGGCGGAGGCGAUGAACCUUCGGGCGCCCACGGAUUGCGACGGCGCCGGUGUCGUCUUGGAGGCGAGGAAAGACCCGAGCCGCGGCGCCGUGGUCACCGGGUUGCUCCGCCGCGGCUCGCUCGAGGUGGGCGCGUGCGUCGUCGCGGGGGCGCAGUUCGGGCGGGUUCGCAAACUCGUCGGCUACGGCGGCGUCGAGACGGACACGAUCGGCCCGAGCGAGCCGUUCGAGCUGGCGGGUUUGAGGGGCGUCCCGUUGGCGGGUGACCCGAUUCAACGCGUGGGGUCGGAGGAUCGCGCGAGACGCGUCGCGCGCGCCAGGGAGGCGCGCGCGACGCAGGCGAGGCUCGACGCCCUCGCCGCGGAUGCCGGGCUCGACGCCGGUACCCCGCGCGCCUUCGAGCUCGAGCACACGCACGCGCCGGUGGGCGCGCGAGGUAAGGCGGCGGUGGCGAAGAUGCGGAGAAAGUCGAGGCUUCGGGGCGGCGACGUCGACGCGUCACAGCUGGACGACGACGACGACGACGACCUCCUCGACGCGCUCGACGACGACGACGACGCGUCAGGUACCAACAGGGACCUUUGCUGCAUCGUCAAGGCUGACGUGCAGGGCACCGCGGAGGCUGUCCGCGACGCGGUUUUGACUCUCGGUUCCCCCGCCGUCGGCGUUAAAGUCGUGUACGUGGGCGUGGGUCCGGUGACGGAAUCUGACGUCUCCCUCGCCGCCGCCAUCGGCGGCCCGAUCCUCGCGUUCAACGUCCGCGAACCCCCUUCGGGUAUCGCCGCGCAGGCGAAGCGCUUGGGCGUCCCGGUCGUGGAGCGCAAGGUGAUAUACCACCUCCUCGACGCGGUGGGCGAGAUGUUGGGUGACAGGGCGCCGGAGCGUCUCGUGGAGUCCGUCGCGGGCGAGGCUGAGGUGCGCGCGGUGUUCGACCUCUCCGGCCGACGGGGGAACAAGGCGGACGUCGUGGCCGGGUGCCUGGUGAACUUGGGCGCGCUGGACGGGUCGGAGAGGUUCAGGGUCAUGCGAGACGGCGCGCCCGCGCACGAGGGUCUGCUCGAGUGCGAGAGCAUCCGGCGGCACAAGCUGGAGGUGACCACGGUGGGCAAGGGGACGGACUGCGGGGUGAGUCUGCGGUGGGGAGCGGUGGAGGUGAGGGUCGGGGACGUGUUGCAGUGCGUCAAGAUGGUGAAGAAGAAGGCUGGGGUGGAGCGCGUGGCGACGGGGGGCGCGAGGGUGCUCGACGCGUGA